CCCACCUCUCCCCCUCCCCUUCACAACGUCAACACCCCACCUGUCAACAGGCUGUCGCCAGAAUUUUGCAUUAUUUUGCCCUUUUCUCGCAUUCUGCAACUCCCCUCUCUAGCAGAUGGCGCGGCUGGACAUCGCCACCGUACUCUGAAUCGCCGGUCCGAGAUUUCAAGUCGGAUCAAUGAGUAUUUCGCUCGAUUCGGGCGUUCCACCGCUAGCGGGCCUGUGUUUGUCGAGGGUUAGGUCCAAUAAUAUGUUAACAUUUUAAACGAGGAUUUGGAAGUUCCCUUUUAGUUUACAACUACAGGGAUACAUACGCACGCUGCAAAAUGUGGACCCUGCUUUUACUUUUGUCGACGUCCCGUCUCGGACUCUGUGUCAUGUGGAACCCUAAAACACAGAGUGCGCCGUAUCCAGAUCCUGUUGGAAUCCCAAACUCAGAUUCUGCUCUGCUGAGACGUCGUCCGGCUCUUGAUUCUCUCAAUCCAGUAUCCGACACUCACCAACUAGUUUGGUCAAAAUCUUGGCCUGCUCCUACUGUGCAGUUUGGACAAGUUGCAGCUGUAUCAGUUGACCAGCGUGGGCAAGUGGUUGUGUUUCACCGUGGACCACAUGUGUGGAACGGAGAAACUUUUGACAACCAAGACAACUAUCAAAAGAAGGAAGAUGGACCUGUGAAUGAAGAUACUGUUAUAGUGUUGGACCCCCGAUCUGGGUCUAUUAUUAAAAGUUGGGGGAAGGGGAUUUUCUACUUGCCUCAUGGGCUGACCAUUGACUCUGAGGAAAAUCUCUGGGUGACUGAUGUUGCACUCCACCAAGUUUUUAAAUUCCCUCCAUUAGCAUCGCUGAGUGAGCAAAAUAAAGAGCCCUUAAUGGUUAAAGGAGUACGUUUCCAGAAUGGUGAUGAUGACUCUCAUUUUUGUAAGCCCAGUGCAGUGGCUGUGAUGAAGAAUGGUGAUUUCUUUGUAUCAGAUGGGUACUGUAACUCCCGUAUUUUGAAAUAUGAUCGGGAAGGAAAUCUUUUACUAACGUGGGGCAGAAGUUCAUUUACAGGUAGUUAUGGUAUUAGACCAGCACCAUAUCAAUUUAAUGUUCCACAUGCACUUACUUUAGCAGAAGAUCUCAAUUUAGUGUGUGUGGCUGACCGUGAAAAUGGUCGAGUUCAGUGUUUCAAUGCCCACAAUGGAACAUUUGCUUAUGAAAUAUCUUCAGUUGAAAUAGGCCCAAGACUUUUCAGUGUUGCUUACUCUCCAGCCAAAGGAUUGUUUUACAUAGUGAAUGGUCCAUCAACCGAUACACAGCAAGUUAAGGGGUUUGUUGUUGAUGCAAAUACUCGAAACAUAAUUUCUACUUUCCAAACGGGAAACACACAGUUAUCGAAUCCCCAUGAUGUUGCUGUUUCACCUGAUGGAGAGAGUGUUUAUGUUGUUCAGUUAGACCCCCACCGGGUUUGGAAAUUUGUUUCUAAAGGAUCAGAUACACAAUCAAAUCCUGUCAGCAUCACUAAUCAAUCGACUUUAUCAGUUAUAAGCUCAUCAACUCUUGCAUCAUCUUUACCCACAGUUAAAUCUCAAAUAGAAGGAAGCAACUCUUCUUUGCCAGUGGGUUUGAAUCUAAUGGCCAAUAAUACUAUUGCAAAAGCAAUGUCUGCACCAAUGGUGGCAGUCAUUUCAUUGAUGGUUGUUCUUUUGUGUGUCACUGGAACUGGUAUAAUUUGGUGCAUGAGAGUACGACGCCAAGCAUACCCUGCAAUUCCUAAUGACGGAUUCAGUUUGGGUCAUUUGUUGGCUUCACAUAGCCGAAGAGGAUUUGAACAAGUCAGCACAGAGGAAAGUGAUGACGAUCGGGCAGAAAGUGACCAGCCAGCCUGAUCUGAUUGAUUUUAUUUCCCAAUUAUUAGUGGUUAAUUUUAAAUUCGCCACCUCAUUUUUAAAUAAUUUGACCAUGUGGCCAGAUCGUUCCCAUAUCGUAGCAGCAACCCACUGAGGUUGUUUUCAUUUCUCUCUUCCUUUCUUUUUGUACUCUGUAUUCUUUCUUCUUCAUAGGCAAGGCAGCUGUGAUGAUUAUUUUGGUUCAACUCAGGUGCCAAAUGAUUGAGAAACCUAUCCAUGUUAUAAGAGUAUGCACUGCACACCGCAGCGCAGAAACUUCCUUUUUAUAAUAAAACUUUAGAAAAACCUUA